UGCUCAAGUCAAUGCAGUCUUUACAUAUUUUCUAAACUUGGAUUUAUUGUAGCGCGAACCCGAAUAACGCAGAGUAUCUUAGAUCAGCAAAGACACCGAUAGCAGGCGCACCGCACGCCUCCACCAACAUCUACCGGUGUUUGAUACCUAUUAUAGAUUCAUCAAAACCUACACUUUCUGAAUCUAGCGGCGGAUGCUCGCGAAAUGCUCAGCACGCGAUAUGGUGCGUGUAGGUAAUAUGCUUCCUGCGGCGUACAGCUAUGUCUGACGCUGCUGCCUACACCUGUCAAAUAUGGGCAGAGCGUAGCAUUGCAACGUUCCCCUCAUUACUCUUGAUCCAACUCACAUAAGACAAAGUUCACCAUUCUCCUUAAGGCUAUACUAGAAGAAUGGAGUAAACUGGAUCAUAUUCCAAUUGAAAAUUAAUGGCAUUUACUUAUUCAGAUCUGAAACCCGGGGAGCUACGCUUACUGCGGCCGGUAUCGAUCCGGGAAGGGACUUUCAUGUCAUUGGAGAUGGCGCAAUUUGAGCGCAAGAGAGCCCCGCCGUAUAUCGCUGUCUCAUAUACUUGGGGCGAAGAAAAUGAUAUGGUCACGCUGCGACUCAAUGGGCGAAACUUUUCGGUCAGACGUAACCUCUGGUUUUGUCUCACUUACCUUAGCUUCCACGCGCAGCAUUCCAAGGCGAGAUAUCUCUGGGUGGAUGCAAUAUGUAUCAACCAAGGGAAUAUCCCGGAACGCAAUGCCCAAGUCCGAGUAAUGGACGAAAUCUACAAGAACGCCCACUGCGUCUCGAUUUGGCUUGGGCUUGAUCCCGACCUUGAGUUCUAUAAGCCUUGGAUUGAAGGGUCUGUUAUGACGUUGGAUUUGGAUAGUUUCGAUAAGGUGACGAGAUUGGCAGACCACGAAUACUGGUCUCGGUACUGGGUCAUCCAAGAAUGUCUGCUUGCACGUGACAUCCAGAUCCAUUGCGGCAGAAGCAUGAUGUCUUGGGCGGAUUUUCAAGAAGCCUUAAGCCUGGAAGCCAAUUUGCGCCUAUUAGCGCCCGCAGGAGACAGCGUUAUUACUGAGAUGCUUGACACGAAGAAACACGAUGCCCUGCCUCUACUGCUGGCGCGGAACCCUACAGAUGGUUUCUCCCAACGCCCACUUGAAGAGCUUAUCAUACACCAUCGUCAUUCGCGAUGCAAGGAUCCACGGGACCGUGUAUUUGCCCUAUUGGGAUUGAUAGAAGAUUGGGAGCGGAAAAGUUUAGAACGAUACUUCCCUAACUACUCCUUGAGUCAUGACGGUGUUGUGGUAAUUACACUAGCACACCUGAGAGAAUUAAAUAGCACGUCAGUCACGCUCAAGUCCCAGAAACUAUUCCAAGGUCUUGGAGUAGAAUCAAAUGAAAGGCAAAGAAGGCUCAUAGCAGCCGCAGAAGACUGCCCCUAUUACAUAGGAUAUGACGACGAGAUCAUAAUGUCCGAUGAAGCUCGUCAAGACCGGGCUAGAUACAUGGGUUGGGACGACGGGCUAGAAAUUAAUCAGUACGAGGAAGUUGUCGAGGACGGGUUGCAAAUGAGUGAUAACAUGAGUUCAGGUGUUUAUCGCUGUAAUAUCCUCUGAUUUAUUUAAGACUGUUUUCGGCAUAUGGGGAUGGCUCUAAAUUGCAAGAGGGGAUUUUACCAGAUGAUUAUGGGACUAGACCAUUUAAUUGUUGGAAGGACAAUAUAAACACUUCUAGGUUUCUUUCUUAA